AAGAAGAGGCUUGGAGACGAAAGGUGGUCACAUCAGUCUUUAAAACUAAAUUGUGCAAGAAGGUUGUGCUUCUGAUUCACCUAAGGUUCUCAUCUUCUGGUCAAGAAACUGAUUUAAUUCUUCAGAUGCUCUUUACCUUUUCAGUGGACAGUAGGUGGAUAAUAUUUCACAAUGAAUGGAACACUUCAGCCAAUAUCAUCCUUGGAUACAAGUGUUUUGUCUGAGCUAUUUGGAGUUAUCGCCAUCAAAUAUUUGUACUUUUCGUACAGCUUCUGUUUCGUGACAAAUGGCAAAAAUGACGAUAGAUUCAUAGGAGUGCAAUUCGAUAAACCUUUUAUCAGCAUCAAUUUGGAAGAUGUGACCGAAACCGUUCAAACGGCUAAUUUGGAACUGGGAUGCCAAGUGUACAUACUAUCCGAGCGGGCUGCCGUUGAUUUUCUGGACAAGUACCGACACCUACAGGAUCACACAAACCAACGGUUCCCCAACAAGGCUUUCGUUGUAGUAAUGGAACAAAACGCAGAGCUCGAUAAGCUGCAGACCAUUCUCGAUCGCCCAAUCGUGUGUGACAUACCGAAGCUUUUGAUCUUGAACCCUUCUGACGAGAACGGAACGGUAGAUUUGUGGACAAAUAAGUUUUCCAGCCUAGGAGGUCAACAGGAAUCUGAUGUAUUUGGAUACGUAUUCAAUGAUAGUAGGGGGAUUUCAGCACAACAUUGAUCUGUUCCCAGAUAAAAUAAAAGACCUUGAAGGUCGAUUCAUAAGGCUCGCUCUUAUGAAUUACGAACCCUAUACAACUUGGACUGAAGUGGACGACAAAUCGAAAGCCAAUGCUUACGUGGGAGAAAAGAAGAAGCUCCGAGUUGAUGGCACGGAAACACGAGUAUUCUUGGAGUUCUGUGGCAUUCACAACUGCAGCUUGGAUAUUUCAACUCAAGAAGAAGCCGAGUGGGGUGAAGUUUACGAGAACUUUACAGGAAUCGGAAUCAUGGGUGCCAUUGCGGAACAUCGUGAUGCUGGAAUUGGCGCUAUGCUGGCGUGGUAUUACGAUUCCAACUCUCCGACGCAGCCUUUGUCCCGCACUGGUGUAACCUGCAUAACUCCGAAACAGAAACUUCUACCUUCAUGGAUGACACCAAUUCUUCCCUUUUCAAGCUUGAUUUGGAUAUACCUGAUUAUGACUGUGAUUACUUGUUCAAUAGUGUUGUGUAUUAUCAACUAUGUGGUUACAAACUUGUUGAAAUCCAAUGACCCCGUUGACAUAUGUGAGGUGUUCAUGUCCGUUUGCUCAGCGCUGGUUAUAUGCUCCUCAAUCUUACGGGUUGAUCAAUACAAACUGGCUUCACAGCUAACGAUCAUCAUCAUACUGCUCUUCUCCGGUCUUAUAAUAGGAAACACGUACUGUGGUGGACUUUCCAGCAUUAUGACCGUUCCUCAAUACGAGAAACCGAUUGAUACGCCGGCUCAAUUGGUUGCUCGGGGCAAUGAUUUGGGGAGCUUCGCAUGACGCUUGGGUUUAUGCACUAGAAGACUCCGAUGAGCCUCUCAUCAUAAAACUGGCGUCCAACUUCCGGACAAUGACCAAACCCAUGCUUCAGACCACGCCAAAAGGGCUGACAUGGCGUACGCCAUC